AGUUUGAUAAAAUUAAAUAUUAUGUCGCACCUCAUCAAGCCAAUCACCUCAGAUCAUGAUCUCAUCGAACUCGCUGAGAAAAUGAAGGUUCAACUCGAUAAUAUAUUCGCAUCAAAUGAGAUAAAGUCCCAUCUCCCCAAGAAAGGGUCAUUUCUAAUUCUAACCGAUGCGGUCGAUGCUGGAGAGAAGUUCCUACUAUCAAAGGCUACCAAGCCAGAACAUGAGGAUCUAAUCAGAUCUGUGCGAAAGGAGGUUCGUCGUCGUUAUGGUGUAGGAGUAGCAAAGAAACGCCCAGCAAAGGGCUCGCCGGAGAUGAAGGAACGAAUGGCAAAGCUGCGUGCUAUGGGUAAGAAGGGUAAGUCUGGCGGUUCAUUUACGCUGUAA